AUGAGGAUUCUGAAAUUACUGUGCGCUAUAGUCGGGCUUUUGGGAUCAAACGUUGCCAACAGAAACUGUCCGGACCUCAUCGUGGAUAACUGUCAGUGUUCGUCCGAGAGGUCCAAAGAGCUGAGCAGGCAGCACGUCCGGGUCAAAGUUGUGUGUGAUGAUGUAGACCUGCUGGAGACUCUGCACCCCAGCUUUCUGCCCAACAGAACCGUAUCACUGAAUUUGAAUAACAACAAGAUCACCGUGUUGAGGAAUGGCUCCUUCUAUGGCUUGGCAGCUCUGGAAAAACUGGAUCUGAAGAAUAAUCUGAUAAGCACAGUGGAGCCCUGGGCCUUCCGUGGUCUGCUGACUUUGAGGAGACUGGACCUGUCCAACAACAGGAUAGGUUGCUUCCACCCUGAAAUGUUUCUGGAUCUUGGAAAUCUUUUGAAAUUAAAUUUGUCUGGGAAUAUUUUCUCCACUUUGACUGUUGGACUCUUCACACACCUUUUGGCUCUCCAAGUGUUACACUUCGGUACAGAAACUUUAUUCUGUGACUGUCAGCUGAAGUGGCUUCUCUCAUGGGCUCGAAGCAACUCUGUGAGGAUAGGCAACAACACGGUAUGCAUGUUUCCCACCCAUCUCCAUGGCCUGGAGUUCCGCAAUCUUCGUGGACAGCAACUCAGAUGUGAUGGAGCUCUGGAAAUGCCGUUCUUUCAUUUGAUCCCUUCCCAGAGGCAGCUGGUUUUCCAGGGAGACCGUUUGCCUCUUCAAUGCACCGUCACUUACUUGGACCCUUCAGUUGAGCUGCAUUGGCAUCACAACGGCCAUGCUGUGCUCAUGCAAGAGGACCGUGGUGUUUAUGUGGAAGACACUUUGCUUCAUGACUGUUGUCUACUUACCAGCGAGAUCAUCCUCACCAACAUCGACGUGGGCCUUACCGGCACCUGGGAAUGCCUGGUGACUAGUUCCCGUGGCAACAGUUCUCGGCAGAUGGAGAUAGUUGUCCUGGAGAUGUCUGCACCAUAUUGCCCUGCUGACCGAGUCACUAACAACAAGGGGGAAUUCAGGUGGCCCAAGACUCUUGCAGGAAUCUUGGCCUUCUUUCCCUGCGCUCCUGCUACCUUUGGUUCCGCCCCUCACCCUUCUGGCAGUGCUCCUCAGCCCUCGGGGCAUAAGGAGAAGAAAGCAUGGCGUCGCUGUGAUCGGACUGGACGGUGGGAUGAAGAAGACUACACUCAGUGCCCUUAUGCCAGUGAAUUCACACGUGUACUACAUGAGCUCACCCAGAUAACCGUCAACACUACCAAUGCUCAGCCUUUGGGGGAGCAGUUAGUGGCCUUCACCAGCAGGGCGGCUCACUUUACCGAUGUCAUGGAUGUCAUCUUUGUUACACACUUAGUCGAGCGACUGACGAGGCUGGCAAAGAAGCGCAAAGAACUGGGAGACUACAUAUCAGAGAUAGCCAGCAACAUGAUGCUCGUAGAGGAGCGUAUCCUGUGGAAGGCCCAGAAUGAAGCAAGAGCAUGCACUCGAAUUGUGCAGUGUGUUGAACGCAUUGCUGACCUGGCACUAACUGGAGAAAAUCAGGCUAUUUCAAAGGUGUCUGCUAACAUAGCUCUGGAGGCCUUUCUGAUACGACCCUCCAACUUUCUUGGUCUGUCUUGCACGGCACUCCAACAGCCUCCAUUGUAUAAUGCAUCACCCCGACUGGAAAGCCAUACCACCAAGGACAAGGAUUCAGGCAGUAACACCAUGGGCGAAUCGUUCCUCAACUUUAAAUGUGACACAAUAAAUCGAAGCUCACCGGCCAGCCAUCUACUCAUGAAUUCUGUGGCAGUCGCCUCCAUCCAUUUACCUCUGGCUGUUCCACGCACCUCCUCGUCUGCUUUGCAAUCUGUUGAUAACUCCACUUGCAGGCUGCAGUUCAUCGUUUUCCGCAAUGGCAAACUCUUUCCGUGCAGAGGGAAUUCGUCCAAUCUCGCAGACGCCGGGAAGCGCAGGAGCGUGUCAACACCAGUUGCUUUCACCAAAUUAGAUGGCUGCAGCCUGGGGAGCGCCGUGCACUCCGUCACUAUUGCACUCAGGCACUUCGCACUGGGGGUAGAACCCACCGCAGCCUAUUGGGACUUUGACCUGCUGGAUGGACAUGGUGGCUGGAGGGCAGAGGGCUGCCACAUAACAGGCUCCGGUGGAAAUACGACCACCAUUCACUGCAACCAUCUUAAUAACUUUGCUGUGCUCAUGGAUCUGAAGAAGGUGCUGUCUUUCCCCCCAUUCCCAGGGGAAUUUUUGCACCCGGUCGUGUAUGCCUGCACUGCGGUCAUGUUGCUCUGCCUCUUUGCCUCCAUCAUCACAUAUAUAGUGCAUCACAGUGCAAUCCGCAUCAGUCGGAAGGGAUGGCACAUACUCCUCAACUUCUGCUUCCAUACCGCUCUGACCUUCGCUGUGUUUGCCGGCGGCAUCAAUCGAAUCAAAUAUCCCAUCAUAUGUCAAGCAGUCGGGUUCGUGUUGCACUACUCGUCUUUAGCGACCAUGCUGUGGCUUGGCGUGACAGCGAGGAACAUUUAUAAGCAGGUGACUAAGAAGCCUCCACAGAGCCAAGACGGCGCGGACCCGCCAAGACCCCCUAAACAGCCACUUUUGAGAUUUUAUCUAGUCAGUGGUGGAGUGCCCCUCAUCAUCUGUGGGGUCACCGCAGCUGUCAAUCUUGACAACUACGGUAGCGGGGAGCAAGCACCCUACUGUUGGAUGGCCUGGGAGCCAAGUCUGGGAGCUUUCUUCGGCCCAGUGGCCCUCAUCGUCUUGGUGACGUGCAUCUACUUCCUCUGUACCUUCAUUCAGCUGAGGCGUCACCCUGAAAAGAAGUAUGAGCUUAAGAAGCUAACAGAAGAGCAGCAAAGGUUGGCCUCCAUCGACGUGCCAACUCCUUGCCAGCAGGCGGCCGAGCCUGGCGUACUGACGGCACCACCUGCUGGGAGCCACUGCCCCGCCGGGUGCCCAGGUAUUCCGAUUAAUCCUGCACUGCUGGCCAACGAGCACUCCUUCAAGGCCCAACUACGCACAGCGGCCUUCACGCUUUUCCUCUUCCUGGCCACGUGGACUUUUGGGGCACUGGCUGUGUCACAGGGUCAUUUCCUGGACAUGAUCUUCAGUUGCCUGUACGGUGCCUUCUCUGUCACACUUGGCCUCUUCAUCCUCAUCCAUCAUUGUGCCAAACGGGAUGAUGUUUGGCAUUGCUGGUGUUCUUGCUGUCCUGGAGGGCGGGCCAACAAUUGCUCCGUUGCACAUGGGCAAGUGCCGCCCAAAGUCAAUGUAAAUGGAGAUACUCCUUCGCAUGGCCACGGUCACGGUCACUGCCACCAUGAAUCCCCGUGUAAAGCAGUGAUAAGCUGUAGUCACGGUAGUGUAAGUCACUGUAAACAUGCUGCCCAUCCAUCAUCACAGAAUCAUGUAACUUGUCUGACACCUGUGACUCCAUGUUGCGCUGCCCUGCAUAGCCAGCAGCUAAUGGAGGAGGAACCUACUGCAACACACGUGCUGCUACACGCUGAUCCCGAGGGUUACCGGCCGGGGAUCCAGUUGCACCCCUGUUUGAAGAGCAGCGGCAGGACUAAAGGCCGCCAUUUCAACCGCCGUUCUGCCACCAGUAUUUGUGGUGCGGGGAGUGAUAGGGAAUAUGCCUAUCAUAUCCCCUCCAAUGUUGAUGGAGGCAGCGUUCACAGCUCACACACUGAUAGCCCCCACAGCACUCACGAGCGCCACAUCCAUACUUGUCCACAUCAGGUCCACGAGGGCCUCCACGAGGGGCAUCAUACGUGCCACGCGGCAGCAGCUACCGCACAUGAGGCCGUCGCAUGUCAUAAUCCAUGCCACCGGCAUAUGUGCUGCACCAAAGCGAAUAUUUUCCCUUCUCUUUGCCCGGCAGAGGCAGCCGACACAGGCGUGUUCCUGUGCGGGUGCAGCAAAGCUGCGGAGGAGGAGCAAAUUACGCAUCACCAUUUGGAAAUGCACGCCCCGCGCAGACAAUCCUACCCGCAGAAUCCGCCCAAUCAGAAUGGGAUUCUAAAAGGUGGCUUGCAUGAGGGACUCCUUUACAGUUCAGACAGUACAGGGAAUAUACGCACUGGACCCUGGAAGAAUGAAACUACUGUGUAG